UUCCAGUCUCUACAAAACUCCCAGAUACCUUUCCCCUCCUAAGACCUUGGAAGAACAUUUUCCGUGGAAAUUCAAUUCAUAAUUUUCCUCACACUGACAGGAUGUGACAGAGACUUCCUCGUUUUGUUCUAUCUAUCUUGGUGUUUUAUAGCAAAGGGCAGAGCAAGCACUGCUUGUCUUAAGGUGGAAGAAGAAUUGAGAUCACCAGGACUCACCUGCCAUUUUGGACCCUUUACUGCUGCCUGCCAGGUGGCCCUUACUGCUGAGGAAAAAUGGUGGAUUUUCCAGUCUCCCAGGACUCUCUGCCCAGCAGUCUCUUCUUCCUCACUCACCUUCUCCUUCUCCUUCAGUAUGGGGAGCUGCACUCAGAGGUUAGUGUGGUAGGCCCUGGGGACUCCAUCCUGGCUCACAUUGGGGAUGAGGUGGAAUUUCUGUGCCACCUGUCAUCCUACCGGGAUGCUGAGGACAUGGAGAUCCGCUGGUUCCGGAGCCAAGCCUCGGAUGUGGUGCACCUGUACCAGGAGGGGCAGGAACUCUACGAUCAGCAGAUGAAACAGUUCCAGAACAGGACUGAACUGGUCAAGGAUGAUAUCGCUGAUGGCAGCGUGACCCUGCAUCUCUACAGCGUCAUCCCUGCUGAUGAGGGUCCUUAUGGGUGCCGCUUCCUCUCCAGUGACUUCUCUGGGGAAGCAACCUGGGAGCUGGAGGUAGUAGGGAUGGGCUCAGACCCUCACAUCUCCCUUGAGGGCUUCAAAGAGGGAGGCAUUCAGCUAAGGUGCAGCUCCAGUGGCUGGUACCCCAUGCCGCUGGCUCAGUGGAGAGACCAUCAUGGACGAUGCUUGCCUCCGGAGACUGAAGACAUCAUCCAGGAUGCCCAAAGCCUAUUCAGUUUGGAAACAUCUGUGGUCAUCCAAGGGGGCACCCAGAGCAAUGUGUCUUGCUCCAUCCAGAACCCACUUCUGGGCCAGAAGAAAGAGUUUGCGGUCCAGAUAGCAGAUGUGUUUUUACCCAGAACCUCUCCCUGGAAGAGAGCUUUCCUCGGGACUCUGGUGGGACUGCUGCUCCUCCUGGCUCUUCUCUUGAAACUGGUGCUGUACAUAUUUCAGAAGCAACGGAGAUCCCAAGAAAAAUUGAAGAAGCAGGCAGAGAAGGACAAAGGGAAACUCAGAGCAGAGCUGGGGAAGCUUCAAGUGGAGCUAGACUGGAGAAGAGCUGAAGGCCAGGCUGAGUGGAGAGCAGCCCAACAAUAUGCAGUGGAGGUGACCCUGGAUCCUGGGUCUGCCCACCCCAGCCUGGAGGUCUCAGAAGAUGGCAAGCGCGUGUCCUCCCGCAGGAUGGCACCAGACUCGGCGGCUGGCCACCAUCAGCAGUUCCUGGAGCAGACAUGCGUUCUGAGCCAGCAGCGCUUCUCUGCUGGCCGCCACUACUGGGAAGUGCAUGUGGGCCACCGCAGCCGUUGGUUCCUAGGUGUGUGCCUGGCAAAGGUGCAGUGCUCAGGUCCGGUGCUCUUGAGCCCUGCCAAUGGCUACUGGGUGAUGGGGCUGUGGAAUGGUUGCGAGUACUUUGUUCUGGACCCGCACCGCGUGGCGCUCACCGUGAACGUGCCACCCCGGUGCGUGGGCAUCUUUCUGGACUGUGAUGCAGGAAAGCUUUCCUUCUUCAACGUGACCGAUGGCUCCCACAUCUUCACCUUCACUGACACCUUCAGCGAGACACUCUGUGCAUAUUUUAGGCCUAGAGCCCACGAUGGCAGCAAACACCCAGAUCCACUCACCAUCUGCCCAUUGCCAGUUAGAGAGUCCAGUGACAACUGGUUACAAUCCUAAGGGCCCGCACAUUCUUCCCUGUGCCUAUGGUGAGGCACUCUCAUGGCUAUAGGCUUGGGUCCUGAGAAGCUUCCUGCAUAACAGCCAAUGCUUUGCUCUUCCGCUUCCUCUAGAGCGGAAAAAAUACACCAACCUCAGUGUUCCCUGACAAAAUGUCAGCAAAGGCUGUAAAAGCCUUGGUGAAACAGAAAAGGGGCAAAGAAAUAUAUUUCCCUAUGUAGACAUGUAUGUGUACUUAUAUGGAUAUGAUUUUCUUUUCUUUUUUUUUUUAAAGAAAUUCUAAACCUCAUUUGUGUGUGUUUUAGGAUUGAGCAAAUGAAUAAAAAUAUAUUCAUGUUGUUACUGAAA